UUCGUUUAUAGAUUGUAUAUUUUACUAUAUAAGUUUAUAUUAUCAUUUUGUUAUGUAAUGAAUGUUUAUAUUUUGCGACGCAGUUUACAAACAGCUGUUGAGCUCACUAGACUGAUAGUGUAUUGUGAUAAUAUAUAUAGUUAGGUAAUAUGUUGUUUAGAACGGCGCUGUCUGGCUCAAAUAUAAUCAUCAGUAGAAGUGUAAGUCGUUUAGCAUCAAAUGGUUAUCUGCACAACCCCGGCUCUGAGCCGCUCACGUACGCCACUUUCGGCCAGGUUGUGGAGGCCUCCGCCGACCGCUGGCCGGGCCGCGUCGCCGUCCGGUCAAUCUACGAAGAUGUCACACUCACCUAUGAACAACUACUUACUAAAGCAGACUCUUUGGGAUGCUCUCUAAGGGCCCAGGGCUUGGAGAAAGGGGACAUGGUGGGCAUCUGGUCCCACAACAACUCGCAGUUCAUUGUCACCCUGGUGGGCGCCGCACGCGCGGGACUUAUAUCGGUAUUGCUCAAUCCUCUCUAUGAAAAACCAGAAUUAAGUUAUUGCAUCAACAAAACCGGCCUUAAAGCAAUCGUAGUAGGAGACACGGUUAAAAGGAACUAUUUCAAGGCUAUAGAAGAAUUAAUACCAGAAGUUCAUAAGCAUUCACCUGGGAACAUUGAGUCGAAAACCUUUUCUACUUUAAAAUCUAUUAUAACGUGUGAUAAAACAGAGUUGCCCGGCUCCUUCUCUUUCGAGUCCUUACUAUCGAGCAACCAAGACGCCUCACGGUUUUGUUCGAAGGUUCAGCCUGAUGACGGAGCUGUUAUACACUUAACAUCAGGAACCACAGGAGACCCCAAAGCAGCGCUAGACUCGCAUUUUGGAUAUAUUAACAACAGUUAUUUCAUAGGCAAGAGGCAAAAUUUACAUGAAGAACAUCACACAAUUUGUGUCCAGGCACCUCUGUUCCACGCCAUGGGCUCCGUGAUCACGACGGGCGCUGCGCUGCGACACGGCGCCACGCUGGUGCUGGCGGCGCCCAUUUACAACCCCGACAUGAACUUGAAAGCUCUGCUCAAUGAGAAAUGCACAGUUCUGAACGGCACACCGACGAUGUUCGUGGACAUUCUGAAUCUGGUGAGGAGUAGCGGCGCAAAGCCAAACCUCAGGGUCGCGCUGAACGGAGGGGCUCCUUGCAGCCCGCAACUCGUGAAGGAUAUUAAAACACACCUCAAUGCUGAUAUGGUUACGAGUUUAUUCGGAUUGUCAGAGACUACGGCAGCAGUGUUCCAAAAUCUACCAAACGAUAGCACCGAGCUUGUCGCUAACACUGUUGGAUAUAUUCACGAUCAUGUCGAAGCAAGGGUGGUCGACGAUGACGGCAAUACUUUACCCUUUGGUAGUCCUGGCGAACUGAUGGUAAGAGGCUAUUGCAACAUGAUUGGUUACUGGGAAGAUCCGAAGAAAACAAAAGAGACUCUGAGAGAUGAUGGCUGGCUGCAUACCGGAGACAAGUUCACCCUGGGUGAAGAUGGAUACGGGCGGAUAGUGGGCCGGCUGAAGGACAUCAUCGUGCGCGGCGGGGAGAACAUAGCCCCCAAGGAGAUCGAGGACCUGCUCAACACGCAUCCCGACAUCGUCGAGAGCCAGGUGGUUGGCGUCUCCGACGAAAGGCUGGGCGAGGAGCUGUGCGCCGUGGUGCGCCUGCGUGAGGGUGCCUCGUUCAGCUCGGACGACCUGCGUCGGCACCUUGACGGCCGCCUCGCCAAGUUCAAGAUACCGCGCCUGCUGCGGGUCGCCGACCAAUUCCCCAAGACAAACUCCGGGAAAAUACAAAAGUUUAAGAUUCGAGACUUGAUUGAGUCGGGGAAGCUGUGAUUUUAAUUAAAUACCUCAUAAGUGCUGAACAUAAAAUAUAUAUGUAACUUUAUAAUUUAUGGUUUAAGAAAACUACCGUGACUAUUCAUCGUCGGGUCAUUAACCCAUUAUAGCAAUGUUAAUUAAAUUUAAAUGAAUAAAACCUGG